AUGACCAAGGGAAAUCGAAUCGACAGAGAGGUGAUGGGAGGAAAGGCGAAAUUCAGCAAGAAGAGAAAAUUCGCGAACAAAAUGGACGCUCUUAAGGGGAAGCUGUACUGUGCGCUGGGCGAGCGCCUCAGCGGUGACGAGGGGGGGAAGAGGCACCCCUGGUGGGAGAUGGGGCAGAUGGGGAAGAAGAGGCAGAUGGGGAAGAAGAUGCAGAUGGGGCAGAAGAUGCAGAUGGGGCAGAAGAUGCAGAUGGGGCAGAAGAUGCAGAUGGGGCAGAAGAAGCAGAUGGGGCAGAUGCUGCAGAUGGGGCAGAAGAAGCAGAUGGGGAAGAAGCAGCAGAAGAGGGAGAAGCGUGUCCACAACGAACAGAAUGAAGAACAGCUCUGCAGAAGUGAUUCGUAUAGAAGCGCCCCUCGCAGAGGUAAUCCCCAGCGUGGCGGGACCAAGCCCGAUCGGUACAAUGUCCCGUCUAGGCAACAACACAAAGUCAAGCGAAUAUACGGGGUGGGCAUAGGGAAGAGAAGAAGAAGCCCCCAGGAUACGCAACUGAGACGGGUACAAGGAGAGCAUGAAAAGAGCAUAAGCGAUUUCAUGCAAAAGAAUGGAAGUCUCCAUUUCAAUAACUACCUGGAUGAUUUGAAGAGGAUCUACUUCUGUACAGGACGGACAGCGGACACCACCAUCAUUAGGACCAGCGGUAUGGUCGCCAUCGUCACGAACGUCGUCAUCAUCACGAACAUCGUCAUUACCAUCGCGAACAUCGUCACCGACAUCAUUACCAACCACGUCAUCGUCAUUAGGCAAUACCUGCUGAGCUCCACCAUUGAACUCUUCUACACCCUCGGCAAGGAGGUCAUCCAUUUUACCCACCUGAUGAAGCCCAGAAGGCACGAAAUAGCCAUGAGAGAAAAACUCGUCAAACAGGUGGAAAUUUUCCUAAAGGCAACAUACUCAGAAGUGUAUGUCCUCAUUUUCGGAUCAUGCAACACCGAUCUAGAUCUGUACAACUCAGACAUAGACAUCUGCAUCUACAACAGUGUCGACGAUGACAGGAAGAAUGUCAAAAAAUUAUACAGCGAAAUGAAAAGGAACAAACUUUUUCAACAUGCUAGCAUCAAACAGAUCAUAAACGCCAAAGUGCCAAUAAUUAAAUGUUUCUUUACCGAAAUGCAGAUUUCCAUCGAUUUCUCCUUCAAUCAAGUCAGUGCCAUCGUCAGUACUGUAGAGACUCAGAGCGUUUUAAAAGAGAACCCCCUAAUCAAAUAUGUUGUCAUUUUUUUUAAGAUCCUUUUAUCGGAACAUGACUUGAAUGAUGCAUUUCAAGGAGGCAUUAGCUCCUUCAAACUUUUCCUUAUCAUGGUUAACUUCGUUCAGGAACACUGCUUCGUUUUCUCUGGAAAGAAUAUUUAUCUCUACAUCGGAGAAGUGGUGCACAAGUUUGUUUCCUAUUUGUCCUUGUUUAGGGACAAGUCCGAGGACAGCAUGGCUUCCUUCUUCUCCGCGAUAGGGAAUUACGAUCCGUUCGGUGAAGCGUCGAAUCGAGGUGCGCAGUCUGCCGGUGACACGGCUUACUCAGCUGGCCACGCCGCUUAUCCAGAUGGUCACGCGCCCUACCCUGCUGGUCAUGCCGCCUACCCUUCUAGUGACUGCGCUACCCCCCUGCAGCCGACGCCCCAACUUGUUAAGAGAAAAAAUACGAAAGCUAUUAAGAAGCUCUUUAGUCAUAUAUUUUGUAAAUUAGCCGUGACGAACCGGAGCCUCAACAAGAAGAAGGGACAUCUCUCAUUUGAAAGAUUAUUUCAAGUCAGGCAAUGCAUGAAGGAUGUCCUGUAUUCCUUAGCAGAUAUGCUCAUAUACCUUGUGAGGAAAAAAACCAAGAACAUCUCUCCAGAGUACGACGCGGCCAUCUUUGCCGAUGCUCUCUCCAUCGUCGCCUUCUUCCACUUCCUGCGAGAGGAACGACUCGACCAAUUUCUGCGCGACUGCUAUGGGUUUUUCCACCAGAGUGUGGUGUGCCUCGCGAGGAAGCCGCCACCCGCCCAGGUCCCCCCAAGUGAAGAUCUCCUCAUCGAAGUUUGUGAAGAGCCAAAUGGGGAAGUCACACAGGAGAAGUACCUCCCACCCGAAGGCACACUCGACGAGGUAAACGCAUCGAAGGACCAUUUGGGAGACCCCCACGCGGGUAAACGGAAUAAGAGCACUCAUUGGAAUGGCCCUCAUCAGCAUCGGCACAACAAUAUAGAUAGUAAAUCUGGAGACAAAACGGGUAGUGGAUCUGGAGACAAAACGGGUAGUGAACCUGGAGACAAAACGGGUAGUGGAUCUGGAGACAAAACGGGUAGUGGAUCUGGAGACAAAACGGGUAGUGGAUCUGGAGACAAAACGGGUAGUGAAUCUGGAGACAAUACAGGUAAUGCACCCGGAGACAAGAAAGGUAGUACACCUGGAGACAAAGCAGAUAGUGCACCUGACCACCCAGUCAACCGCGCGAAGGGAAUGCCCCCCCUGAGGAGCUACUUCCAAUAUGACACUUUCGAUGAGGUCCAAGCCAACGUCAACCGGCUAUACUUCUCCAUGGGGCACAAAACAAAUAAUCAAAAUCAGCUCGUAAGGAAAGUCUGCUCCAAGCUGGUAAUCAUGAAUUCUCUGCUGGACUUAAAUAAGGCUUUGUCCAACAGGUUUCAUUACCAUCAAAUAUUUUUGCCUCCCCCAGUGGAGAGGAAGCGCAAGGGGUCCCCCCCUUCGCCGGAGGAGGGUCACCCGCAGGACCAAGGGGAAAUGGCUGCACUCAAAAUGCAGAUGCUGGCCAGGUUGGUCAGGUUUAAAAACUACGACCCAAGUGCGGUCAUGGGGCUGGAAAUCAAGAGCGAGUUUUUUGUUAACAGCGCGUAUACGGUGAUCUGA